CCUCUCCUCCCCCGCCCCUUCGGUCCCCACUCGCCCCCCGGGGCCCACCUGGGUGCCAGCCUGGCAUGAUCAGCUGAACUUUGCGGGGUUAAGCGCUUCUUUCUGGCUUCCCCUCUGCGGUGCGGAGGCCAGGGGAGCGGAGCGCAGAGUCCCGGCUCGGCUCGGGACGCACAGACAGGCGGACAGACAGACAGCCGCGCCCAGCUCGCCUGCAAGAACCCCUGCCCUCCCCGCCCCCGCCCGCCUCGCCUCGCCUCCGGGGACCAUGUCUAAACCUUCAGACCACAUCAAGCGGCCCAUGAACGCCUUCAUGGUGUGGUCCCGAGGCCAGCGGCGCAAAAUGGCCCAGGAGAACCCCAAGAUGCACAACUCGGAGAUCAGCAAGCGCCUGGGCGCCGAGUGGAAGCUCCUGUCCGAGGCAGAGAAGCGGCCGUACAUCGACGAGGCCAAGAGGCUGCGCGCCCAGCACAUGAAGGAGCACCCCGACUACAAGUACCGGCCGCGGCGCAAGCCCAAGAACCUGCUCAAGAAGGACAGGUAUGUCUUCCCCCUGCCCUACCUGGGCGACACGGACCCGCUCAAGGCGGCCGGCCUGCCCGUGGGGGCCUCCGACGGCCUCCUGAGCGCGCCCGAGAAGGCCCGGGCCUUCCUGCCGCCCGCCUCGGCGCCCUACUCCCUGCUGGACCCUGCGCAGUUUAGCUCGAGCGCCAUCCAGAAGAUGGGCGAAGUGCCCCACACCUUGGCCACCAGCGCGCUGCCCUACGCGUCCACCCUGGGCUACCAGAACGGCGCCUUCGGCAGCCUCAGCUGCCCCAGCCAGCACACGCACACGCACCCGUCCCCCACCAACCCGGGCUACGUGGUGCCCUGUAACUGUACCGCCUGGUCGGCCUCCACCCUGCAGCCCCCGGUCGCCUACAUCCUCUUCCCCGGCAUGACUAAGACCGGCAUAGACCCUUAUUCGUCAGCCCACGCCACAGCCAUGUAACCCCCCGGCCCGGCCCACCAGACCUGGAGGGUGGCCUGGAAUUGGGGUUUGCACACCCUGCCAUCUGCGCGCCUGGCCAGGGGCCUGCAAACGCCUUGGGGCCAGUCCUGCCCGCUGCCCCCCUACCCUACCCCAGACUCUGCCUCUCUCUUCCAGGGGGAUGGUAGGGACGUCCUGCCGGACCCAAGACGCAGACAGGUGCCAGGAACUUGUGAACAUUAUGACCGCCGUACAGUUGUCCCUACUCCAACUGCCCCAGAUCAAACCUCCACAUGUACCCCCUUUGGACAAAAAAAAAAAAAAAAAAAAAAAAGUAGGCAGUUUGCUCUAUUUAUGUCCCCUUCUCUCUCCUCUGAUGGGCUUUGGACUCCAGAACGCUCUGAUCCUGGUAUUAUAUCUAGAAUAUGCAUAUUUUUUUUCUUUCGCGCCCUGCAGAAAAGAGUUAGCUCUGUGUUUUGUCAUCAGACACAGCGAGGUGCCA